UAACCGUAUCGCAGGAAGUCUGAAACUCACUCCCCCUGACAAAAGGCUCUAAAGCUCUGUAAGUGCUUGCGAGUUGCAAUUGAAAUUUCAUAAGUAAAACGCUGCCAUUGGAGUUACUCGCCGGCGCCGCUGUCCUACAUCUAAACCUUUUCCUUCUUUUAGUUCUCAUUCCCUGCCAAAUUCAAUUAUUUUUCUUCUCACCUGCUUAGCUUAACGAUUCUGGUAAGUAUCUCAAAAAAAAUUUUACCUUAAAUUCAAUGUUUUAUCGAAGUAGACUGUGCCCUAGAAAGCUUUAUACACUUACCAGAAACCCCAGCUCCAGACCUCCAUUUCAGGCUUUCAAUUCACUAACCUCUAAUUCCAAUACGAUUGUAAACAUUGACACUUGCUUUAACUUCAAUUACCCGAUUUAUUCAUUGUGUCAUAGUUCGAUUCCCCAAUUUUUUCGCCUGUUAAAAACCCCUAAAUUUGCUAUUUAUUCUGAUUUUUGUGGUACAAACCCUUACUUUGUGAGAAAUUAUUGUUCCGCGAAGAAUAAUACUGGAAGUGGGUCUUCUCAGUGGACUGAGGACAUACAGUAUUUAGAUGAAUCUGGUGGUGUGAUUUAUAGUGGUAAAGGAAUAAGGUCAGUUGAGCCAGGGGUUGAUGAUCAUGUGAUGGUUGGUGGAUUGAAGAAGCCAUUUAUGAAUGUCACUGCUGUUGCAAAGAUUGUUGAAGUUGUUAAGAGGUGGAAAUGGGGGCCAGAAUUGGAGACCCACUUGGAUAAGCUUCAAUUUUUGCCAAACAUGACUCAUAUACUUCAAGCUUUGAAAAUUGUCAAUGAUAUUGAUGCGUCAUUGAGUUUGUAUAAAUGGGCCAAGAGGCAAUCUUGGUAUGUGCCAAAUGAAGAAUGCUACUUGUUGUUGUUUGAUGCGUUGAAUCAAAGUAGAGAUUUUGAUGCAAUUCAAUCUUUGUUUGAUGAGAUGGUUCAAGAUUCAAGCAAGGAUGGGAUAUCCUCAUUUGAUGCAUAUAAUAGGGUGAUUCAAUAUCUAGCUAAAGCAGAGAAGUUGGAGCUGGCAUUUUGUUGUUUCAAGAAAGUUCAGGGUUCGGGUGGUAAAGUUGACACACAGACAUAUAAUGCACUCAUAACCUUGUUUCUGAAUAAGGGCUUGCCUUACAAAUCAUUUGAGAUAUAUGAAAGCAUGGAAGCAGCACAAUGUUCAUUGGAUAGCUCAACUUAUGAGUUGAUGAUACCAAGCUUAGCAAAAUCCGGUCGUCUUGAUGUGGCUUUUAAACUUUUCCAAGAGAUGAAAGAAAGGAAUAUUCGGCCAAGCUUCGGCAUCUUUUCCUCACUUGUUGAUUCGAUGGGAAAAGCUGGGAGGUUAGACACAGCUAUGAAGAUUUACAUGGAAAUGAGGGGUUUUGGGCUUAGACCAUCUGCAACCAUGUACGCAUCUUUGAUUGAGUCAUAUACAAAGGCUGGGAAGUUAGAUACUGCCCUUAGGCUUUGGGAUGAGAUGAAGAAAGCUGGCUUUAGGCCUAACUAUGGGUUGUACACGUUGAUUGUUGAAUCAAAUGCAAAGUCAGGGAAACUCGAUACUGCAAUGUCUAUCUUUAAUGAUAUGGAAAAGGCUGGAUUUCUCCCCACCCCAUCUACAUAUUCAUGCCUUCUUGAAAUGCACGCUGCCUCUGGACAAGUAGAUUCAGCCAUGAAGCUGUAUAACUCGAUGACUAACGCUGGUCUGAGACCAGGUAUGAGUACAUAUACUGCUAUUUUGACUCUUCUGGCUAGUAAGAAACUUGUGGAUGUGGCUGCCAAAAUUUUGCUUGAAAUGAAGGCCAUGGGGUUUUCCGUUGAUGUGAGUGCAAGUGAUGUAUUAAUGGUGUACAUUAAAGAUGGUUCUGUCGACCUUGCCUUGAGGUGGCUACGCUUCAUGGAUUCAUCAGGGAUAAGAACGAAUAAUUUUAUAAUCAGGCAGUUGUUUGAAUCUUGCAUGAAGAAUGGCUUGUAUGAAUCAGCUAAGCCUCUCCUUGAGACCUAUGUGAACUCUGCUGCUAAAGUGGAUCUUGUACUUUACACAUCAAUUCUUGCCCAUCUUGUCCGAUGCCAAGAAGAGCAGAAUGAGAGGCAUUUGAUGUUGAUCCUUGGUGCCACAAGACAUAAGGCUCACAAAUUUAUGUGUGGGCUAUUCACUGGUCCGGAACAGAGAAAACAACCUGUGCUAUCCUUUGUGAGGGAGUUUUUUCAGGGCAUUGAUUAUGAAUUGGAAGAGGGUGCUGCAAGGUACUAUGUUAACGUUUUGCUCAAUUACCUUGUUCUUAUGGGUCAAAUUAACCGUGCUCGAUGUGUUUGGAAAGUCGCUUAUGAGAAUAAGCUUUUUCCGAAGGCUAUAGUUUUUGAUCAGCAUAUUGCUUGGUCCCUUGACGUUAGAAAUUUGUCAGUUGGAGCUGCUCUUAUAGCAGUUGUGCACACUCUUCAUAGGUUCCGAAAGCGCAUGUUGUACUAUGGUGUCAUUCCAAGGCGCAUCAAAUUGGUUACUGGACCCACUUUGAAGAUAGUGGUUGCGCAGAUGUUGAGCUCAGUAGAGUCUCCAUUUGAAGUUAGCAAAGUGGUUCUGAGAGCCCCAGGGGACUCUGUUAUGGAGUGGUUUAAGAAACCUAUAGUGCAGCAGUUUCUUCUGAAUGAGAUUCCUUCUAGAGCUGAUAUACUCAUGCACAAACUAAAUACUCUAUUUCCUAGUUCUGCACCUGAAAUUAGGUCGCUGUCCCCUCCAAAACCACUCAUUUCAAAGAAGGCUAUGUAAUCAUUUACGCUAGCUGAGAUCAGUUAAGGUAAUGUGCUUGUACUUGUGGCAUGAAUAUCAGUUUAUUAGUUUCUGAGGCAUGGUCCUUUUUCCUCAUUUUUGCUGUUGAGGUUAAUGUGAAAAUAGUACACUUAUGGGGUAUGUACAUAUAUCGAAUGUUAUUUUUCUAUCACAUCCUGAUCCAAGUUUAGGCAAACAGGAAUUGGUACUUUGUGUUUUUUUUUUUUAAAAGAUUACAGAUUGAUGGUUUGAAUUAGCUUCA